AUGUUCUCUCAGGGCGUAGCAUUCCUCACUCUCUUCAUCUUUUUUACAAGCACAGACGCCUUCUCUCAGGGGGGAGGAGGCGAAAGGCUCUCGGUGUUUUCACAUGUGAACGAUGAUCGUAAACUUCGCCAAAAGGACCCGUUUCAGCAACCCAUCAAGGGCCUCCUCGCCAACGUGUUUUGUCACCCAAGGCACCGAGUGGCCCGAUUCUUUCACCGCAAGGUACAGAAGUUCUUUCCAAGCUAUAUGAUGACAACUGGGUAG